AUGGAUUUAGACUCACUUGAAAUUGCAUCUAAUGUAAAACAAUUUGUGUUAGAACCAUUAUCAGAUAAAGAACUUGGACUUAUUAAGAAAGUCAAUGAAUUAAUUCAUGGAUCACCAACAGAUAUUAAUAGAGGAUAUCAAUUUUUACAUGACGGAAUAACCCGUCCACCAUUUGUACAAUUACUACUCAAAGUAAACCCAGCAAUGUAUCUCUAUCCACUUCAAACUAAACCCAUUGGUGAUUGUACUUCGAUUAUCAAUUUAUUAUUAAGUUUUAUCUAUCAAAUGCUUCAAACUGUACCUAUUGAAUACAGUGAUUUAUUAAUGAAUCCAAAGACUAAUUUAGCAAUGUCAUUUAGUAUGUUAUUAAGUGACCACACAUUAAUCGGAACACACCAACUUGCAUUAGAAGUAUUAAACCAAUUACCUGUCAAUGAGACAUUAAUUGAACUUAUUGAGCCAUUAUGUAAAUUAACUACAACCCAAUAUAUCUCUCUUAGUGUUCAAUUAUUAAAAAGGAUUCUAACAACAAAAGAAACUUCAAAUUGUUUUAUUCAAUUUAAAUGUAUGAAAUACAUCAAUUUAGCUUUAUUUACUCCUAACUCUAAUGAGAAAAUGUCACUCAUUGAAGUACUUACUGCCUUGUUUAAAGGAUGUGAUGAUUCUUCCAGAGUUACAAUUGCCAAAGAAGCUAUUGACAAUGAUAUACUAAAACAUGGAUAUUCCAUUCUUACAUUGGAGUUCUUCCUUUGGUGA